GAUAAAUUAAACGCAUUUUACGGGUUUUGUGAACAAAUACAGAAAUUAAUAGCUUCCAAUUUUGCAGAAAUGGAGAGUUUCGCUCUUUCUUGUCUGUUUUUUGCAUUUGUAGCACUUGGUUAUCUAAAUGUAAGUGUUGGCACAGACCACCAGAUGGCACAGUCAGCCUGCAUUGGUGUAUCCCAAGAUAAUGCAUAUGCAUCCGCAAUACCACGCGAUUGUCACGGGGGAAAGACAUGCGAAGGUAUAUGUGCAGAUGCCACAGCUACAAUGGAUAGAUAUUCAGAUACUGGAGGACCAUUAAGUACAGCUCGUUGUGUUAAUGCUUUUCACUUUUACAAAAGACGUGGUGAAGAAAAUGUAUCAUACAAACCUUUUAUGGUGUCAUGGAAGUAUGGAGUUGCAGGAUGCUUCUACACACACUGUGGACCUAAUUUUUGCUGUUGUAUUAGUUAAACAAAAACAUGUUUGUUUCAAGAAAAAAGUUAUUGUCGUAAUUUUUAAGAAUACCAAUAAAGUUAUUCUUGGA